AUGAGAACUCAUACGGGUGAAAAGCCGUUUUCAUGUGUGAACUGUGGAAAAAGUUUUCGUCAAAAACAGCAUUUAUCUCGGCAUAUGAUGAUUCACACUGGUGAAAAGCCGUUUUCAUGUGUGACCUGUUUAAAAAGUUUUAUUCGAAAACGGGCUUUAACUCUGCACAUGAUGAUUCAUACUGGUGAAAAGCCGUUUUCAUGUGUGACCUGUGGAAAAAGUUUUAGUCGAAAACAGCAUUUAACUGGACACAUGAGAACUCAUACAGGUGAAAAGCCGUUUUCAUGUGUGACCUGUGGAAAAAGUUUUAGUCGAAAACAGCAUUUAACUGGACACAUGAGAACUCAUACAGGUGAAAAGCCGUUUUCAUGUGUGACCUGUGGAAAAAGUUUUAGGCUUAAAUCGGCUUUAACUCAGCACAUGAUGAUUCACACAGGUGAAAAGCCGUUUUCAUGUGUGACCUGUGGAGAAUGUUUUAGUCAUAAACCGACUUUAACUCGUCACAUGAUUCUGCACACAGGUGAAAAGCCGUUUUCAUGUGUGACCUGUGGAGAAAGUUUUAGUCAUAAACCGACUUUAACUCGGCACAUGAUGAUUCACACUGGUGAAAAGCCGUUUUCAUGUGUGACCUGUGGAAAAAGUUUCAGUGAAAAACGGAAUUUAAGUAAGCACAUGAUGAUUCACACUGGUGAAAAGCCGUUUUCAUGUGUGACCUGUGGAAAAAGUUUCAGUGGAAAACAGCGUUUAACUCAGCACAUGAUGAUUCACACUGGUGAAAAGCCGUUUUCAUGUGUGACCUGUGGAAAAGGUUUUAGUCGAAAACAGCAUUUAACUCGGCACAUGAUGAUUCACACUGGUGAAAAGCCGUUUUCAUGUGUGAACUGUGGAAAAAGUUUUGGUUAUAAACCGACUUUAACUAAGCACAUGAUGAUUCACACUGGUGAAAAGCCGUUUUCAUGUGUGAACUGUGGAAAAAGUUUUAGUGAAAAACAGCAUUUAACUCGGCACAUGAUGAUUCACACUGGUGAAAAGCCGUUUUCAUGUGUGAACUGUGGAAAAAGUUUUAGUCAAAAACCGGUUUUAACUCAGCACAUGAGGAUUCACACUGGUGAAAAGCCGUUUUCAUGUGUGACCUGUGGAAAAACUUUUAUUCGAAAACCGGAUUUAACUCAGCACAUGAUAAUUCACACUGGUGAAAAGCCGUUUUCAUGUGUGAACUGUGGAAAAAGUUUUUGUCAAAAACCGGGUUUAACUCAGCACAUGAGGAUUCACACUGGUGAAAAGCCGUUUUCAUGUGUGACCUGUGGAAAAACUUUUAUUCGAAAACCGGAUUUAACUCAGCACAUGAUAAUUCACACUGGUGAAAAGCCGUUUUCAUGUGUGACCUGUUUCAAAAGUUUUAGUAAUAAACAUAAUUUAACUAAGCACAUGAUGCGU